GAGGGGCAGAUCGUAUGCCGUAUCGUAUGAACCGCUAGACAUAUAUUGACGGAGUGAGCUCUCUCGAAGAAUGCGGGCUUUUUCCGUGUAAAUAAUAACAACAUAUAUAAUCAUGUCCCACACCGGAGCUGCCUGAAGAGAAACAAAAAUAACGGGUUUUGAUUAAUGUUCGGGAGUGUAGGUACCGUGAAGGUGAGUGUCGUAUUCGGCACAUGAAUACUCUACCUGACAAUGCACCUAGUAAUCCCACAUCAUUGACUUAACAUAUACGUAGCACUUCUAUGACAGCUGGUCGCAUUACACCAGCUGCUCUCGUACACCACGGAACACUGUCAAUUUCAAGGGUGCUUGUGCACAAAUCAUUCCGAAGCAUUUACAUCCGUUUGCCAAGCGUCUAGUGUAGGCAGUGUUGGCUAGAAUCAUUCACUUGCGAAGGUGAGUGGCACUUAACUGGUUCACGACACUGUGUCUUAUGCCGGAUUGAGGAAACCCGUUGACAGGUUGUGAUUCAAUCUAGUUCGAAGUAAAAAUUUCGGCAAAUUUAACUUGACAGUAGUUUCUCUAACGUAAUAAGAAUCGACGUGAAACGUUUAUGCCGGCAAUGUGGAGUGACGAGCUUCGCACUCUAUAUAACAGUGUUUUCAAGCACAAAUGAAACGAAGAUCGUCAUAAAUGAUCAAAACGUGCGGUAAAGGCGAUGUCGGGCGCGGCGGAACUGCAGAGGGUUUUCGGAGUUGAGCGCAGUCACAUACUCCAACUCAGUGAGAAUCAAUUCAGAAUUAUUGUGAGUGAUGAAUGGCUAACGGCCGUGGUUUCCACGGGACAUCUUCCGCCCCAGUGUCCCUCGUUGAAUCUUCCGGAAGUCGAAAUAGGCGCUAUAAUGUUUCAGGAGAAGCGACACUUACCACUUGGAUUCACCUUUGUGCAAGUGGAUAUAUUAGACAAGCACGAAGAUCUGUACGUUCGCAAGAAGCCGAUUCCGAUACCGAAAAAGUGUGCCACAUACAAAAGUAUUUUUGAGGUGCUCCAAAGCAUUAACGAGACAAAUUUCGCAAAUUUAUGGACGGAGGCCAAUGGAGAUACUAGUGGAGAAACUUCAAUACGGUUGGAGGAUUUUGAGAGUUUCACUGAUCGGCUGGCCGCUGUUCUGGACAAACUAUACAACUGUAGAGUGAUAACGGACUGUGAUAGCCCGAAACUUUCGUUGAAGGUGCCGAAAGACAACGAGCCGCUAACGGCCCAUGCGGGUAUUCAUCCUCUCUGGGUUGUGAUAGAGACUUCGGCUGCAUUUGUAUUGUUGUCUCCGUACUUACCGCAUUCACUCGUUCAUCUACCGUGUUUCUCUCCAGCUGUAAUGUAUCGAUCACCUGCGCGUGGUCUCUUCAUCGCUUAUCAAUUGGCGGAGCUUUUAGCGUUCGCCGCUGAGGCUGGACUCGAUAUUGGGGAGCUGACACUUGAAGAUUUUCGCAUCACCGAUAGCCUUUGGAUAUUACUCUGCCCGAGAUGGAACAGGGGAAUUCUGAAGAACGCCAUAACAGCAGCGGAAUAUGAAGAGUUUCGUUCUACUUGCUUUCGUUUUCUUGUAGAACCAAGCACAGGGACGGAGUUGCCAUUGAAGGAGGCAAUGGACGCAUGGCUAGAAGGAAAACUAGGAAACUUUGAGUACCUUAUGCUGUUAAACAAGUUAAGCGGGCGUUGCGCAAAUAAUCCCUACUAUCAUCCUGUACUUCCGUGGGUGACGGACUUCUCGUCCCCUGAAGGAGCCAACUUUCGCGAUCUGUCCAAAUCUAAGUUUCGCCUUACCAGAGGCGAUCGGCAGUUAGAUGUAACUUACGAAAGCGCUCUGAGCCUUGCGCAACAAAGCAUGGAGGUAGGAGGGACGAUGCAACAGGUGGACCGCGCUCUUCGGGUACCUCAUCACAUUUCCGAAAUUCUUUCGGAUAUAACAUAUUACGUUUAUAAGGCUCGUCGCUUCAGCAGAGAGGUCUUGUGCACCCAUGUCCGUCAGAAAUGGGUGCCAGCCGAAUAUCCCGCUUCGAUACAACGACUGCAAGAGUGGUCGCCCAAUGAAAGCAUUCCAGAGUUUUUUACUGAUCCAUCUAUAUUUCGAUCGGUUCAUUCGGAUCUGCCAGAUCUCGAGAUUCCAUCAUGGGCGGAAAGCCCAGAAGACUUCACUGUCAAGCACAUGAAUAUUCUACAGAGUCAAUACGUGGCUGAACACUUACAUCAUUGGAUCGAUAUUACAUUUGGUUAUAAGUUAACGGGAGCCGCUGCAAUUAAGGCGAAGAACGUAAGCCUUCCAUUAGUGGAUAAUCAUACAUUUCUUCUAGCUGGAGGUGUUAGUCAACUGUUUACAUUGCCGCACCCCCCGCGAAAAAGAGCAAGUGCUAACAGACCACCAAAGUUGUCAACAUCGUCAGUGUUACGCAAUCCCGGCUUACGUCACCAACGGCGAGGCCGGUCGGUCCAUGGCCGCAGGACAGAAGGUCUACCAGACAGUCGUUUGGCCAAUAGGUCAUUUCAAGAAGAUCAGGUCAUUUUAACCUCGAGUGUUGGAACGUCUGCUUCGGCACUCUUCGAUCAGCAGCUGCAGAGUGAAAGUCAAAUAGCGCAGCAAGGUGGAGCCAACCGGCGAUUAUUUAGAAUGUCCAGAUCCGUCUCGCGUGAGCCAACUACCACUCGACCCGAAAGCCUCUCCAUUCACCUACCGAGAGAUUUUCAGCCUUUUUUGAAGCUUGGCCAUAUUGAAGCACAGUUUCUUUUUCGACAGAAACAGUUGCUUACCGUCAAUGAUGACUUACCGUCACCAAGCCGAAAGGACCAGGACUUGUUACCUGGAAAAAUAUUGAAGAAAUUAACAGAGAACGACCGUAAUCGCCAACGUGAUGACACCCUUCUUCUGGGUUGUUUAUUGGCUGAGCUGAGCCUUACCCCUGUAUUUCAUGCUCAAUCAACUAAAUUACCCUUGCUGGAGAGAGCAAUUUUCCUACGGAAGGCUGUGUUAACGGCCCAUCCGCCCAGGUAUCUUCGAGGCCUUGUUCGAUCUCUGCUGCCUCCUGGUGGCAUUUUUCCUCCGGUCGGAAUGGACGGACUGCCGCCACCUCGUCCUUCUUUCCUCCUAUGUCCCCAUUCUUCGCCUGCUCGCUUUCCACCGGCAUUCGCCCGCCUCUACUAUUUCCUUGCUACGACACAAGCGCAAUCACUUUCUAAUGGACUUGUUUUCCAUCGUGCCGAACAAAAUCAUAUUUCACGUAUUUCCAGCCAUCUACCGCGACUACUGGCUGAACUUAACCGUGAGUCGGUGGAGCUUGUCCUGUUGCACCUAUCAACGCUUUUCCGUCAGGCGGACUCGUGCGUGUUAGCCAUAUGGCAGCUCUUCGAGCCCCUCGCACGCGCUCUCGGCCCCAAAGAGGCCGUCGAUGCCUUCCUCAAAGACCUGAUCCGAGCUUUUGACCCAGAGGUGGCAACCGCGAAGCACAUCAAGCUAUACCACCGUUCAUUCAUACUACAGUUGAUGGUGCGGCUGGGCCUGCAGGCGUUUCUGCAGCACUUCGCGACCGUCCUCGUCGAGGCAGUUGGCGGGUAUAGGGACUUUGAAGAGCUUGACUCAAAUUCCAACUCGACCUUAAAUGGGCUUAUGGGCGAACGUGGAGCGGGCAAUUACCACCAGCAUGCUUCUGGCGGGGCCCGAUCUGCUCUUCUGGCCAAUGUCAACAGCAAUCUUAACCUCUCGCACGCAACGCACGCUGCCGGCACAACAGCCCAUAGGUGUAAAUUGACCAAGAAACAAUCACAUCUUGACUCAACGGAGCUGGAAGAACUUGAGUCUACUUUGGCGUCUGUUCGUUCGCAUCCCGAUAAGGACAAGCAGGCUAAAUCCAUAGUUGUGCCUGAGGCUGGGGUCGCUAAGGGCAUUGGUUCUUCUACGGAUUGUCGAAACGAACAGGGCGGAUCAGAAGAGCAUGAAGAUCUCACUGAAGGCACCGAUUUACGAGCUGAAGAAAUCUUCAUGUUUGAAGCUGAGGACUCAGACUUAACUGAUAAUCAACAAGAGAAUACCUCGUCACUACCACGGGAAAAACCUUCAACAAUUAUUGAAGCCAACUUCACUGAUGAUCUGCCCCCAUCUGGUUCGGCUUCGGCAGCAUUUUCAUUGGAAACUAUGACUAACGGAACCGACGCGACGCCUUGUCAAAAUUCCGCUGUAUCCGUUUCGGCACAACCGGUCUCAUCAACUAGCUUUAAAAGGACGAUUCCAUUGAAAGAUAUCAACUGCUCAUCAUAUAAUAUCAGCGAUGUAGCAUCAGAGAGUAUCGUUUGGCUAGCCCACCGCCUCGGACCGGUCCUUACGGCCAGACAUCUAACACGAAACCUUCUGCGAAUGCUAACUCUCUGCUACUCAGGAAGCGAUCAAAUGGAGUUUACCGAGCCUCUGUACAAAGAUCAUAGCGACUACGUGGUGAAUCUGUCGCAGACAUAUAUUCUAGGCGAUGUGGCUGCGAUGAAAGCAUUUUCAACUCUGUGCGACAUCGCGUUCCUGUAUGGCGAGCAUUUCAUUACGCUGCAGUAUAUGCAGCACGUGGCUGAUCUUGUUGAACUUUGCCGGAAACACGUCACUGAAACUCUCGAGGGAUCGCUUUUGGGCGGGAUCACGUUGCUAAAGCAUGUUUUGCCUCUGCUGACGGAUGCUACACUGAUGAACCAUUUACAGACCACCAUCAUUCGCAAUAUAAUCUACCCGUCAAUUCAGCUAGUCUCUUCUCUUCAUCACUCCUUCCCAAACGGAGCUCACUCCCGUCGACUUAUUACGUACCGCAUCGCCGAUGUCCUUCACCUCAUUUCAUUGCGCAUUGGUUUUGAGAUGUCGCGACAGCAUCUGUCUACUGUACUGCGACGCUUCUUCGUGUCCUUCGAGCGGGCAUUUUGCGAUAAAAAUCAACUGGAUGCUGUAGAGCAUCUUACCCCUUUGGAGAAAAGCAUUGAUAAAGCUUCCGGCGCUCAGAGCUUUGGGCUGACCCAGAGCAUGGAUGACUAUCUGGAUAUUAAAAAAGACUCACCGAGCCAAGAAUAUCGUAUUGGGACGCCAGUUAAAAUUUCCUCUGUCCUUGUUAGCCGUGCACUGCCCUUCCAGGCCUCUCCACCCCUAGAGACCACACAAUCAGGUGAUAGCGAACUUCGACAGCGCGCGUUGGCUGAAAUACGAUUGGUAUUUGACGCUGAAAUGGCCCAAGUUACGUACAUUCCAUUUUGCAAGCAAAUAGGGGGAAUCUAUAUGGCAGAAACUAUUUUGGGAGCUCAUAAUGAUCUGGUGCGACGAUUAUGUCUUCGAGAAGAAGACGGUGCUCACGGUGGACCCGCAGGAGCUCCUGGUAGGGAUGGACAUCGCAGGAAUCCAAGCUAUGGUCACGAUGAGAGCUUCGUAUCAAGUGAAUUUGGUAAGAAUGUGGCGAUUAUGGGAAAUCGCAUCGACGUUCAGAUGGAGGCCAGCUAUAACGAAGACGAUAGUCGCAAUGUGACGCAUGGACCACCGAACCUAGGAGGGGGAGUGGGGGGGCCUCUUUCCGUGGGUCGUUACGACAUGAACUUGCUGCGUAGAAAAAUGGCCAAUAUCCAGCGUCAUCUCAAAGGAAAUUGGCUUAGUUAUUGGGAGCACGAGGUGGGUCAAGAUCCCAAAAAUACCUCAAAGCUCGACUUCAAACAGAUCAAGCUGCAAACUUUCGUUGGUCAUACCGCUGGAAUUCGACAGAUAACAGCGCUGGAUAAUGAGAACUCAUUUCUUUCGGCAUCCAAGGAUAAAACUGUGAAACUGUGGUCACUUCGGAACUCAGGAAGUGACGCUGUUGGAUGCAAUGCACAAUGGACGUAUACGCUUCAUAGGAAGAGUGUAUUUGCCGUACACUUCCUUGACUCACAUAGGGUCGUAGGAUCUUGUGACGGUUCCGUACACAUCUGGGAUCCAUUCCUUGGUUCUUCAGUGCGGACACUCGACCAAAUGCGACAUGCACCUGUAACUGCUUUUGCGGUGCUUAGCGCUCCAUCUAGUUGUUUCUUAGCCGCAACAGUCCACGGCUUAAUAAAAGUUCUUGACGCACGUUGCGGCGAGUACCAGCACGACUUCAAAACUUCCGUUGGUGGCUCGGGUAACAUCCGAUGCAUAACGGCCGGUCCUGAAAAUCAAUGGGUCGCUAUUGGUCAUUCAUCGGGUAUGGUUAGCGUGUUGGACCUUCGUUCUGGAAUCGUUAUGGGUACCUGGAAUGCGCACGAGGGUGAAAUACUGCAAAUAAAGGCACUAACGGGAGGCUUAUUUGCCACAUCCGGCCUCGAUCAGACAGUAUCAGUCUGGAAUGCUGAUGAAGCCAAGCUCCGUUGUCAUCUAAAGGGAAUUGCUGAUCCGACAAUCUGUAUCGCACGCCACCAGAAGGAGCUCGUGACCGGUACCACUUCGAAUCGUGUCACAAUUCAUUCAUUGCUAGAGGGCUCGCAGCACGCAACUAGCGUAAAACUCCGUACUGAUUCAUUCCGUGGGAUGCUCACGAGCCUGGCGGUUCUUCCACUCAAUCGGCUUCUGCUGCUAGGUGCUGAUAAUGGAGUAAUUAGUCUUUACUGUUGAUUUCGGCCAACGUUCUCAGUGCGUUCGUUGGUAUUAGAUGAGGGUGUCUCUUGCGUUAUGUGUAUCUCAACAUAAGCAAGCGUUUUAAAAAUCUCUACCUUAUAUUAAGGGAGACAAUAUUUCGCCAUUUACACAGCUAGUAACAGAAAUGUGUGGACUGUACAAUCAUGCUGAUUUUAUCACUGGGGAAAACGAUUUGGGGCAACAUUUCUAGAAGCGAAACAAGCACAUUAGCAUCUAACAAAAAGACUUUCACGUGAUAGCACACUGUCACAGGAACAUAGUGUUUGAAAGUAACUUUUUUUGAUACUCGUAGAUUUUAGUCAACGAUGUUAAUAAGUGACAUUUAUGUUAAUACUUCAACGGUGUUAAUAACUCACCCCGAGUCAACGACAUGGUUUGUAAUGAUCUUUGUUGACUUCGAUUAUCUCUUUUUGGAUACUCGUGCGUUUGACGCAAUUUACUAAAGAUACUUUUGGUACGAAAAGUUAAAAGCGGUCUAAGUCUACCAGCGUAGGAUAUCCAUAUCAAAAAAUUGAUGCGAACACAAAAAUUAAUGCUUGGGAGCAAGCUUUUCUUGACAGUUCUCAAAGCACAAACAAGCACCUGACAAAAUUCAUACUAAUAUGCAAUAAAACCACUGGAACUUGUCAAAGAAAUAGUUCAGUGUAUGCUAUUCUCAAUAAGCCUUUGAUAAUCACAACGAACAACAAAAGCACAAGAGCUGCCUUUCCGCCUGUAAAUAGACGUCAUGGGUGAACGAACUUCAACUGCCGCGUUACACAAGCGGAUAAGGCCAACACAUAAUGGACACAGAAUUAAAAAGACAGACUGCGGGUAACGUAGGAAGUAAGUAAAAAAGGCUUACACUGUUUAAAAGCACAGCACAAAGUAAGAAUAGGCGAUUAUUGAUAUUGAGCUUAUUUUUUUCAGUGGAUGGGAUAGACGAGGCACUAUUCUUGGAAAUCGCCUUCACUUACUAAUACCACAAUCACCUUCCUCGAAUUUUGAGGAUCGUUCGCAAUGCAGAUUCACUCUUAAUUUUUCAAUUGUCCUUUUUAGGGUCUACUAGAGUCUUAGACAAGAACAUGAAAUCAACUCUUGGAAAUGGUAACAUAUUUGUCAUUUCAAACCUAAUCCAGCGAGACUGAGUAAUUUAAUUUACAUUUUGCGAUUACUAGUAUACAUUCAGAAAAGUGUCCACAAAAUAGUGAUAAACAUAGUUCGAUAUGACCCAAAAAGCUUACAAAUGUUAAUCUACAGGUGUAAGAGCGGAAUUAGAACAGUUGAAUAUUAUUAACGCGAAGAAAAAAAGUCAUGCAUAUAGCGAUAGGUGUUAAAAUGAUACGUAACAAAUAAUAAUUUAAUGAAAAUAGAGUAAAUAGAUUUCUGUGAGUAGAACGAAGCAAUUUUUUAGAAACACAGUAAUGAUGAAUACAUACAGUAUUUUAAUAUACCAAAAGAUAGAUAGUGACUAAUGAUAAACGUGACUACGAGAAUUAUAAACAAUGAGUAUUAAGAAUGUGUGACAAACCGGUGUAAUCGCAAAUUGUAACCGAGAUCAACAAUUAUAUAUAUAUAUAUAUAUAUAUAUAUAUAUAUAUAUAUAUAUAUAUAUAUAUAUACAAAGCAGGGCCCAUAAAUCCAAACUUUUCUUUAUGAGUUACUUUUAAAACUGUAUCUAAACAAAAACUACUUAAACGAAAUUUUUCUGCAGAUGCUAGAAAUAUCAUUACUGGUGGUCAUGAUUAUUCAAUACGAUUCUGUUUAAAAUUACAAUGCAAUUACAUUUUCAAUAUAAGACCUAAGCCACUCACUAAUAACUACCAAAGUAUUCAAUCCGCAAAUGACUUUUAACAAUUUAACUUACGUCAGGCGAUAUUGGUAGGUGUAAACUCGUUAGUGUCGUUCAAACAUACAAUAUGCAAGCAAUUCGGGCGCAAUAAAAUUUUGAGAUAAUAGCAGGCCAAAACCCGAAGAUAAAAGGGCUUAAAACGGCCAAAACGAAACGAACGAACGAAAAAAAUGCAGAAAGCCUUAAAUAAACCGUUGAAAUUUAUUUGGAUGACCUAAAUGCCAACUGAUAUUUGCUUCUCAGGACGAUCGCUAAUAUCUCUACAAAAGAUCCAAGUGCAUCAAAAAUGCCUUUUAGAAUCAUUUGGCGGAAUCCUUUAAACCUUUAAAAUUUAAGCUGUAUGCAAGAUUUCCCAGUUUGUUGGCGGGGAAUCUUCCAACUAGCGGAUUUUUCAAAACCUGCAUGAAAAUUGGCAAUAUCAUAAAUGAGCAAUUUCGAACAAAAAAUGGUGGUGGUACUUGGUUUCACAUGAACACAUUGGAUAACAGCCGAUGUGGCUUAAGCUUUAACGUACUAUUCACUAUCAUAUGCUCGCUGUUUUGGCUUACAAACCCAAGCCCGCUACGAUAAGCAGCCCGCCAAAAGCUGUCCGGAUUUAGGUGUCCCACUCUCUCUCUCUCUCUCCCCCUCCCUAUAAAUUACUGAUAUAUAUAUAUAUAUAUAUAUCUAUCAGUAAUUUAGAAUCUUUAAAAGACUACAGAGAAAAUAACGGAUAUGCAGAACUAGAUGGAAGAGAUUGAAUAUAUAAUAGUUAUACAUAUUUAAAGCGAUAGGUGUGCGGUACUUAU